AUGGCAAGUAACACAAUACAAUGUUUUAUAAAUGAAAAAGAUUGUUCGACCGAAUAUCGUCAAAAACUUAUUGAACAGAUGGAUGAAAUUGAAAAUUAUCGAGAUUCAUUUCUACAAGAAUUUAUUCAACAUAAACAAAAUCUACAAGAACAUUCAUUGAUGAAACAAAUUGAUCAAUGGGAAAAUGAGUCCAUCGUUAAAAUAAAAGAAAGGGCUGAAAACUGUCGACAAAAUUGUAUUAAAUCUAUAAAGAAAUCAUUUAGACAAAUAGAUUAUAAAUUAUUUUCUUUAAAUGAACAAUUAAAACAAAUUCGUAAAAGAAAAAAAUUCAAUGAAAAUUCUUUUAAUGAACUCAAAAAAAACUUAAUUAAAUUAACUAAAGAACUUAAUGAAUCAAGCCAUAUUUUCAUUGAAGAAAUUACAACAUUAUUUAUCAACAAAAUUAAUCUCAUUGAUCGAUCUAAUAUGAAAUGGAAAGAAUUUGGAAUUAAUAUUACUGAAGGAAAUGAAUUGAAUCAACUAAAGAAUCCUUCAAGUAUGUUGAUCGAUAAAGAUGAUGAUAAAAUAACUUAUAUUGUUGAUUCUCAAAAUGAUCGUAUUAUGAAAUGGAAAUUAAAUGAACAUUAUGGUGAGACUGUUGCUGGCGGAAAUGGAAAAGGAAAACAAAUGAAUCAAUUGUGUUAUCCAACAGAUGUGAUUAUUGAUAAAGAAAAUGAUUGCUUUAUUAUUAGUGAUUAUGAAAACAAACGAAUCAUGCAAUGGCCUCGUCAAAAUAAUGGAACUGGAAAAAUAAUUAUUUCUAAUAUAAAUUGUCAUGGUUUAGCAAUUGAUAAAUAUGGAUUUAUUUAUGUUGCUGAUGGUGAGAAACAUGAAGUAAGAAAAUGGAAAAUUGGAGAUAAAAAUGGAAAAUUAGUGGCAGGUGGAAAUGGAAAAGGAACAAAUUUAAAUCAACUUAAUCAUCCUAGUUUUAUUUUUGUUGAUAACGAUUGUUCAUUNAAAUUAACUAGAGAACUUAAUGAACCAAGCCAUAUUUUCAUUGAAGAAAUUACAACAUUAUUUAUCAACAAAAUUAAUCUCAUUGAUCGAUCUAAUAUGAAAUGGAAAGAAUUUGGAAUCGAUAUUACCGAAGGAGAUGAAUUGAAUCAACUAAAGAAUCCUUCAAGUAUGUUGAUCGAUAAAGAUGAUGAUAAAAUAAUUUAUAUUGUUGAUUCUCAAAAUGAUCGUGUUAUGAAAUGGAAAUUAAAUGAACACUAUGAUGAAACUGUUGCUGGUGGAAAUGGAAAAGGAAAACAAAUGAAACAACUGUGUUAUCCAAACGAUGUGAUUAUUGAUAAAGAAAAUGAUUGCUUUAUUAUUAAUGAUUAUGGAAAUAAACGAAUCAUGCAAUGGCCUCGUCAAAAUAAUGGAACUGAAAAAAUAAUUAUUUCUAAUAUAAAUUGUCAUGGUUUAGCAAUUGAUAAAUAUGGAUUUAUUUAUGUUGCUGAUGGUGAGAAACAUGAAGUAAGAAAAUGGAAAAUUGGAGAUGAAAAUGGAAAAUUAGUGGCAGGUGGAAAUGGAAAAGGAACAAAUUUAAAUCAACUUAAUCAUCCUAGUUUUAUUUUUGUUGAUAACGAUUGUUCAUUAUAUAUAUCAGAUUGUGCAAAUCAUCGUGUAAUGAAAUGGUUAAAAGAUGCAAAACAAGGAAUUAUUGUUGCUGGAGGAAAUGGAGAAGGAAACAGUUUUAAACAAUUAUCGGGUCCUCAAGGAAUUCUUGUUGAUCAGUUUAAUCAAAUUUAUGUAGCAGAUCAUGGAAAUAAUCGAGUAAUGUGUUGGCUCGAAGGAGCAACGAAAGGAAGUAUUAUUGUUGGUGGAAAUGGAUAUGGAAACGAAUUGAAUCAAUUAUUUUAUCCAAUGGGUUUAUCAUUUGAUCAACAAGAAAAUCUUUAUGUUGUUGAUUCAGGAAAUAAUCGAAUACAAAAAUUUGAAAUUGAUUUUAAUUAA